GUCCAACCUCCCGGAACAAUUGCUCUGACAAGGUUCUCAACUUGCAUAUCUGUAGGAUCAUUCACGCCUGAUUCCAAUUGUCCUUGUCACUACGCCUUUCGUAAUUUAAUCCACCAUGGCCGAAGCACAACUCCAGGACUUCUCGUCCCUCUUUUCCCUCGACGGCAAGGUCGCCGUGGUGACAGGCGGUUCCCGCGGUCUGGGCCUCAGCGCCGCUUCUGCCCUCCUCCAAGCAGGUGCUUCUACGGUCUUCAUAUCCUCCCGCAAAGCAAAAGCCUGCGAGACCGCCUGCGCAGCCCUGAACGCGCAGCCGAACCUCCGCCCCGGGGCGCGCGCCAUCCCCGUGCCCGCAGACUGUGCCACGCUCGAGGGCGUGAAGCAGCUGGUGGCGGGCGUGUCGGCGCACGGCGCGGACCACGUCGACAUCCUGCUCGCCAACGCGGGCGCCACGUGGGGCGAGGCCUUCGACACCCACCCGGACGGCGCCUUCGCCAAGGUCAUGGACCUCAACGUGCGCGGCGUCUUCAACCUGAUCCGCGAGUUCGCGCCGCUGCUGCAGAAGCGCGCCAGUGCCGAGGACCCCAGCAGGGUCGUCAUCACCUCCAGCGUCGCCGGCUUGGGCAUCGGUACCCUCGGCAAGCAGGCCACCUUCGGGUACAGCGCGAGCAAAGCCGCCGUGCUUCACCUGGGGAGGAACCUGGCCGUGGAGCUGGGCCCCAGGGGGAUUACGGUCAAUAGCAUCUGCCCCGGGUUCUUCCCGAGCAAGAUGUCCAAUGGGCUGUUGGCCAUGGCCGGGGGCGUGGAGAAGCUCGCGAAGGCGAAUCCGAUGAGACGGCUGGGGCGGUCGGAGGAUAUUGCCGGGGCCGUGGUUUACUUGACGAGCAGGGCCGGUGCACAUGUGAACGGGGCGGCGAUUGAGAUUGAUGGCGGAGCGAUGUGGCAGAGGGGCCAGCUGGAUGUUAGUAAGUUGUAAUACAAGAGGGGAAAUCAGAACGCUCCGGUGGAUGGUGCAAGAGGGGGCAGUGGUGCCA